GUGACGGCCUUUUCCGGACACAACAAAGCGACAGAUGGGACGGCAUUGAUUUUUUUUUCGGUGUGCCAUAUGCAUCUCUAGUCGGGAAAACUUUCAUGGAUUGCUAAAUCAUGAUGUCAUCUACUAUAUCUUCUUCUAUUGUAUGAUUUGAAAGACUCCAUCAUAUUCCAUACAGUAUUCCUCUACAGAAACCUUGACAUGGACCGUAAUUUUUCACGUCGACACGCGGUGGAGAAGUUUGGGGAGGUGUGCCGGGAAGUACUGUCUGAAGCGGAGCGCCUGGGUCUGCAUAAACUCCUCAGUGAUUAUCACAGGAGGCGCAGAGUGGAACGCCUAGUUCCGGGUCUCUUCAAGGUCAUUCAGGAGGAGAACCGGAUGGAAGUCGUCCACCUCCUCCGUCAGCUGAUUCCGUACGCGCAUCUGUCCGAGUUCGACAGGCAUAUACAUCAGAGGAGGGCCAGGGGUCAGCUCAAAACCUUCUUCUGGGAGGAGGAUGAUGACGGCAUAGGAACCGCAGUGAGCUUCAACUCCGAGUCGGAUUCUGAUGUUGAAAAUGAUGAAAAUAUACACGAAGUAACGAUACACAGAGAAAACCCCUCACAGGAUCUGGGCUUCAGUAUCAGGGGUGGAUCCGAACAUGGGUUGGGUGUGUAUGUCAGUGACGUCAUUCCUGAUUCUUUAGCUGAUCGAGGAGGUGUGGUGAUUGGAGACAAAAUCCUGUUAGUGAAUGGAGUCUCUCUGCAGGACAAGUCCAGUAGUAUCGUGGGCAGUCUGUUGAAUCGCAACUUAGAGGUCAACAUGACACUAGAGUGGACCGGGCACCUGCCAAAGUGGCGACUGGUCAAGGAAAAGACAGCGUGGUUUGAUUAUGAGGAGAAGACUGUGGUAUGUGGUGAAUUUGAGAAAUUUGGAGCUGUGCACUAUAUAAAGGGCCUAGAUGUGGACGUCCCAGAGCGCAGAGUAACUCUGGUCAAUGACGAUUGUCUGGGACUCAACAUCCGGGGAGGUUCAGAGUUCGGCCUUGGAAUCUACGUAUCAAGCCUUGACCCAGGAGGGCAAGCAGAGCGUCAAGGGGUAAAAGUUGGAGACCAGAUUGUGGAGCUGAAUGGCAAUACACUGGAAGCUGUAACACACGCUGAUGCAGUGGAGGCUUUCAAAAGCCAGGAACACAUCAUAGUAACGCUGAGGGAUGUUGGUAGAUAUCCAGCAUUUAAAGAGGUUUAUGGAAAAUAUUCCUGGACUAAAGGACUCCCAAAAUCCGGAACACGUAAAAACAAAGCUCUACAUGUAAAAGUGCCAGUGGAAGUUUUUUCGCAGCGGUCACAUGAUCCUAUGUCUGACGGAGCAUACAAUGAUGGACUUCCUUUACAAUCUGAAAUUUAUCUUCCAAGCACAAGUAGUAGAUCAGGGAAAGAAAAAACGUUCGACAAUGACAGCGACGAGGACGACUUGGAGUCUGUUAAUUUGAAAAUGUGGAAAGACUCCGAGGGUUUCCAAAAUCCUGCUUACGGCGCAGAAAUCCAGAAGAUUAAGUACAAUUCCAGUACGUACGACGAAGAAUCUGACACUGAUAAUGAAUCUGGAAUAAAAGGAGAAUAUAGUAUGAUGAAAAUGGAUGCAAAGAGAGUGGAAGAAUUUGAACUUACAGAUAUGAACCAAAACGGAGAUACAUCAAUAUUUGUAGAAAGGGAAACGGGGUUUGCAAGCACACUGAAUGCACCACAUGAUGAGGCGAUUUACAUUGCCAAGCCACCACAACAGUUCAUCAGUAUGACUACAGAAAAGACGGAUCUGUCGGAAAAGUCGUACGCUUCAGACAGCUGUUCCAUAAAUUUGAGCUGUUCCCCGGAAACUAGGCGGUAUACAGCCUGGUCCGAUGAUGAGAUAUUUAAUAACUAUGGAGAGGUCGAUAGCAUCAGUCCAGUGUCAUCACGACGAAGCAGGAUCGAAGACUCCGAACUUGGAUCGGAAUCACGAAUGAGCACCCCCGACUUGAAUGAAUAUCAGUUUGGUCACAGAUCACCUUCUCCAGUUCCAAAUAUUUUCUCUGAUUCUAGAAAAGAUGAUGAAAUUCCUACAGGUGACAUUGUAAUCCAGGAGUCAAUGGAGAAGAUCAAUUCAUCCCAUGUUAAACACGUAAAUCCUUCUGUGUCCAUAGAGAGACACGGAAGUACAGGAUUUGAUAUAACUGAUGAAGAGGAUGUAGUUAUGAGAAGUUUCGAUACACAAAUUGAUGAUUUUGAGGGGGAAGAUUUGGCUGUGAGAGAAAGAGGAUAUUCAACACAAAAUGAUUUAGGUUCCCUGUCGUCAUCAGAGGACUUGAAAUUCUGUGAAAAAAGAUCUUCUUCCAGAAGAAAUUCUUUGACAGAUGGAUUAAACAACUUGAAAAUUAUCCAACAUCAACAAUUAAUGGAUGAUUCACACGAGCCGCCUGCUUUAAUCUUUUCUAACCGGACGGGAGACGAUGAUGGAAAACAAGCGCCACAGAAAAAGGACUAUGUAGAUGGAGCCUCUUCACCCAUGACAGAAAUUUCCGGAAGUCCUAGAUUAUCAAAGACCUUAACGAAGGUUAAACCUAAAGAUUCGGUAUCAAGAAACAGAGCUCUUGGCAACUGGAAAAUAUUGAGAGACAAAGUGAAAGGAAGCCUGCGUAUCAAGCCUCUCUCGCGUAAAGGUCUAGAAGAAAGAUUAACAGAAAUAUCACGGGAGCUUGAACAAUCGGGGAGGAGUGUGGUGUCAUCCACAAAGUACCAUAAAGCCACAGUACCGUCCAACAGCAUAAAGAAUCUGGAGGAGGUAGCGAGAAAGUUCUUGGAUCCACAGGAAUUAUCAGACAUGUUGACACAGAUCAGAUUGUACCAUGAACGUCACGACUUGGACAGGUUGCUAGAAGUUCUAUUGGCGAUGUUGGAUACCCCCGAGAAGGUACUCCUCCUGAGAGAAAUAAGAAGCGCCAUCUACCCGGUGGACAUCUACAGAUUUGAGCUGUCAGUCAGCAGGUACGAGAAAGAGGCGUAUGAGAAGUUAUCCACCAAACUCCAUCUGUACCUGAAUCAUGAAAAGGACCGGAAACCAAAGAAACAUUUACUGCAUACGGAGACCGAUGAAAAUGGACAUUUUUAUGUCAAGUCCGUGGAACAAUUUUCCCGGGAGCAACAUAUGAAGAAGACGGUGAUAGAGGCGUUGUCCGGGGCCCGGGACAGGGACGCCUGGGUGUUCAGUCAGGACUCGGGGAUGUGCAGCCGAACAGAAUCUGUUCUAGAGGAGACAAGAAGUGAUGUCGCUUCCUUAAUGUCCAGCGAAAUAACACCAAGAAAAACAGUGACGGCCAACAUAUCCAAGAACAAACAAAACCUAGGUCUUUGUGUGUCAGGAGGCAUAGAGAGUAAGGUUCAGCCUGAAAUUAAGGUGGAGCAGGUGUUAGAGGGCGGAGCAGCAGCGGACGAACCGGCCAUACAGCCCGGGAUGGUCAUCCAAUCCAUUGACGGACACAGUAUGGUGGGAGUCAAACACGCCGUGGCCGUCGACGCCCUGAGAAUGUCCUUUGGCAACAAACGGAAGGUCAACAUGACGCUGAUUCUUCUGAGAAAAGACGUUUAAAUGUGACGUCAUAAUGACAACUUUUAGCCAAGCGUGUGAAACGCUUAGUUGACAUUGAUGUAAAAUAAUUUAUUUUUCUUGAAAUCACCGUAUUGGUGAAUCAAAAGAUCAUUAUUAUUUUUUUUUUUUUACAUUACAAGCGAUUUUGGAAGGAAAUACGUGGAUAUUACAACUAUUUUGAUUUAUGUCAAUGAAUACCUGGAUAAACCCCAUGAUACCCUACAUCUGAAAAGGAUCUCGUGACUCCAUAUGUGACAAAAGUUGUUUUUAGUAUUUAUACAGUACGUCUCAAAAGUUCGACAGAAUAGUUCUUUAUAUAGUCAUAUACCUGUAGUAGCUUUUUAUCAUACAUUUGUAUGUAGUAUUCUUUGUUAAUAACUAUGAAAACAGACUUCAGUGGGUUUUUUAAAAUUAUUUUUUGAAGGCGGUCAUUGUGUAAAAAAUAUUUUCUGCGGAUGUGAUUCGCGACACAUAUUACUAAUCAUAGGUAAUUUCAUCACAAAUCAGAGUGCUACAAGCAUAGUUUUGCAAUAUUAAUCACGAAGCAUAGCUUUAAGAAUCAGAAAUGUUUGUCAACGGACUUUUCUUAAUGCUAUGCACGUUGAAUCUUACCUUUUAUAAAUUCAUUACUUUUUGAUAAAUGCAAUUCUCAAAAGGCGUGCUUUUAUAUGUAUGUAGCUAGGAAAGGAUUUAUGAGUCAUUUAAAAAUGUUUGGUAAUAAUAUGCAACUCGUCUUAAAUAAUGUGUAAUUUUAUAUAUUCAUGAAAAUUAAUAAAACUCAAAUAUUUUCA